CACGAGCUAAGAGCCGGUCUGCCAGCGUCACUGACGGGCAUCCGCUGCUCCUAACGCGAGUCCUCACUGGCAUGGACACCGGAGGACAGCACUGACCAACCCAGGAACCAUGCCUACUGUCCUUGUUGGCAAAGGGAAACUUUCCAUUGUCAGUUUUCUACUCCGAUGCGCAUAUUCGCAGGUAACAAGAAGCCAACACAACAGCUGUGCCAAAGACAUUCUGGAAGACAUGACUCAGUCCUGGACGUCCCAGCAAGCCUUAGGGGGGGACCAGGCCCAACGAAUCCUUUACAACCCUAAGGAAGCAAAACUACCGACUACACAACAAAGGCAAAGUCGGGGGGAUGUUCAGCUACGAAUGACCCGUCACCCUCGCGUAGCACCUCACAAAUCCAUGCUUGCUGAUGAUCUGAAGCUGAGCAGUGAUGAUGAUGACAGUCAAAGGGCAAGUCACGAGUCAGCUUCCUGGGAUGGACACAGCCUGUCAGCACAGCGAGCGCACACACAUGGCAGGCGGGUGAGACAUUCCAGCUCGGACUCCUCAGGCUCGGACUCCACUGCUGAGUCGGGCAGCAGUAGCCUUCACUCCCGGAGCCCUAGCCGGAGCCCAGAGGUUCACCCAUAUCCUGCAUCGCCUGCCAACACACAUCCACCACUCGGCGGCAAAGAGACUGAUCCGCCCUCUGCUGCCCAGUGGCAGUUGGAUAAAUGGCUGAAGAAAAAAUCUAUAAGUGAACAGGACCCUUCCCAGAGCAUUCCUGGACGCCUUCCCUCUCCCCACACCCAAAGAGCCCCAUCUCCAGCCAGAUCGUGGAACAGCAAUCAGGAAUACAGCCCUAGCCAAAGCCCUAUUCCCAGCCCACAGUUCAAUUAUAGCCACCACAGUAGCCCCCUACCUAGCCCUGGUUAUAGCUUCUGCCCUAGCCCCAGCCCAUUUCCUAGCACCUGCCCAAGUCCCACCCCUGUUCCCAGUCCGGUUCCAAGUGUUUGCCCCAGUCCGUGUGGGAGCCCAAGAGCCAGCCGUAGCCCUAGCCCUAUACCUAGAGACCCUCCAAGAAGCCCCAGUCCCAGCCUACCUGCUCCAUCCAGGGUUCGUCACUAUCCUGAGUUUCAGAGUCAGAACCAAACACAACCCAGCCUAACAACCAAUCCCCACAAGACAAAAAAUAGGUCAUGGAUUGCCCAUGACACCGACACCAAGAGCAAGCCCACAAACAGUACUCAUCUUCAACCACCUCAUCACCACAGGCCCAAGACCUGGCCUACACGGGGCCAAGACCAAAGCCAAAGCAAAUCCAAGGUUUCUGGUGUUUCAAACUCUAACGAGAGCCACAGCCACAAAUCUAGACCCAAGCCUAACAUUCGUCCAACAUCGAAACAGCUUGCUGAGGCUCCAAAAGCCAAACAUACAUCACAUUCUGAGCACAUCCAAAGUAGCAGAUCUAACCACAACUCCAACCACAAGCCUAGGCCUCUGUUUCAAGCUAGCUCACAACAUAGCCCCACAACAGCAAAGCGCUUGGUUCCCACUAAUCGUGAAACCAACUCGGGUCAUUCUCAAUCUACCUCUAAAGCUGCUACUAAUUCUAAUACUGGGUUGAACGCUAGAUCAAACCCUAGUCUGAAACCUAGGACCAAGUCUUGGGAGGCUACAGCCCCAACUCCUGUGCAUGUUAACCAUUCAAAACCAACACAGAAGAAACCACAGUCCAAGGAACAGGAGGUGGAACACAGAGAAAAUAAUCUGACCCAAGCAGAGGGGAAAAAACCAGAGAGUAAAGACGACAGACAUAGGGAAAAACAAAAAGGGAAACCGGAGAGAAAGGAAGACAGGAGGCUGGCGGAGGAGCAGCUACUGAGACGUCCCUGGAUCCAGAGUUCGACGGAAGAAGAGGAGGAGGAAGAGGAGGAGGAGGGAGUGAUAGAGAGGCAGAGGAAGAGAGAGGAGACAGCAAGAGGGGAAAACAGGAGGAGUAAGGAGCAGCAACAUAGACGCGAAUGGCAAACAGUCCAGGCCAAACAGAGACUGCCUGCCAACACCGAGCGACACGGCCUUCAAGACAACUCACACCACCAGGGGAGGACAAAAAAGGGAGGAAGAAGUGAGGAGGAUAAAGAGUUACAACAAGACCCAUCACCCCCUCCGUCACGUUCCCCAUCUCCUCGUCGACCAUCCUCCUCAUCCUCUGCCUCCUCCUCUUCAAAGUCCGAUUCAGAAUCUGAAUAUCAGGCUUCGAUCACCAAAGUCCCAGCAGACUCUACCUCUCACAAGAGACUCACCAAGAGACGGCAACAAGGCCCAGGCAGACCUGACACCAACAGGCCAAAGGUGGUGCACCCCAGAGGACCCACCUCAGGUAAUCCAAGUGAGGGGCAGCAGAGUGAGGGGAAGCAAAAACUCUACACCCUGGUCCCGUUCGGGCGGAGUGACAAGGCUACAGCGUCUUCCCAGCGAGGGCUUAGAAAUCUGGUGGUGCAGAUAGACCUCUGUCUUCUCAAAAGGGUCCCGGACAGCACUACUGGUUCCACUGUUAAAAAACCCGCCUCUUCUUCCUCCUCUUCGUCAACCAAGGACAAGCAAAAAGAGGCAAUGAAACACCUGUACGUCCCUGAGACUGUGACAAAAGACAGCAAAAGGAAACGCAAGUUGGAGAAUGGUGUGUCACACAGAGAAAGCAAGAGGAGUAUUCCUAAUACAAAUGACCUCUCAGGCCACAUAGAGUCCCCAUCUCACACAGCUGAGCAUAACUUUGUGACUGAGACCACACACAACGGGUACUUGGAGGAGUACUUGGACAGCAAGAGGCCAUUGUCUCCCCUGUCCCCACUGUCCGACAGUCCAGAGUCCACCAAGCCUCCUGCUAAAACAAAGACUUCAGAGCAGCAUCACGUCCAUGUGCACAAGAACAGAGACAAGAAUAGAGAUUCUGCUAUAAAGCCCAAAAUGGAGGUGGACUGUGUAAAAGUGUCAAGACAGCCACAACCACCAACCGAGUCCUGGGGCCCUGCAGGACACCGGGGGGCCGUGCCAAACCAUGAAACUCCACACCAUGCUGAGUACUACUUGCAUGAAGCUAAAAGGAUUAAGCACCGUGCAGACGCAAUGGUGGACAAGCUGGGGAAGGCUGUGAACUACAUUGACGCUGCUCUCUCCUUCAUGGAAUGUGGGAAAGCAAUGGAGGAAGGGCCACUAGAGGCAAAGUCUCCUUAUACCAUGUACUCAGAGACAGUGGAGCUUAUUAGGUACGCAAUGAGGCUGAAGAGCCACUCCGGCCCUGGGGCGAGACAGGAAGACAAACAGCUGGCGGUUCUGUGUUUCCGAUGCCUUGCCCUCCUUUACUGGCAAAUGUUUCGUUUAAAGAAGGACCAUGCACUGAAAUACUCCAAAGUUCUGCUGGACUACUUUAAGAGUUCUCCCAAAGUGCCUUCUACACCACCCUGUUGGAAUGACUCUGGGAAGGGUACAGGAGGACCCCCUUCUUCACUCUCACCCAAUGCCAAACACAGCAUAAGCAUUCCCCAACGUAUCCACCAGAUGGCAGCAAAUCACCUGAACAUUACAAACUGUGUGCUGUACAGCUACGAGUACUGGGAGGUGGCAGACAACCUGGCAAAGGAGAAUAAAGAGUUCUUCAACUACUUGAAUACUUUGUCUGGGCCCUUGACUCUUCACAGCAGCAUAGCUCACGCAGUCCAGUACACAAGACAGGCUCUUCAGUGGAUACGCAUUAGUGCCAAACUUAACUAAUGAGGAGAGGAGUUGCUUUUAAUCCACCCACUGGAUCUUAGAAGAGACAAAACUCUGGACCUCUCUGCGGUUGACAGUACUGCACUGACGCCUACUGAGCUGUGUGAAAUGGAGUUGGAUGAAAUCCCAUGGAGCCUGGUCAUCCUUAUUGGAUACUAAGGGUGCUCGCCACCCGGGUCGGCCUGUGUGUGCAAAGCCUUCUGAAAGAGCAAUCUCUUAACUUCUCGCAGAUAAACUACAUGCACCUUCUUCCUCAUCAUUGGAUUAACCUGAAGAGUUGUUGUGUGCUGUCGAUUUGAAGUCUGUAAUAAUUUGCCAAAUGUCCCAUGGUGACAGAAACUGAACUCUCAUACAGUUGUGUGUGCAAUUUCAUGUGUGAAUCAUUAUCAUGUGGACUGUUUCUCUGGGGCCAAAACAGGAAAAAGAUGUUUAAAAAACCCAAACCAAUCAAAUACCACUUUCUCCAAAAAGCUUGUCUGCCUUGUUUUCUAAUGAAUGUUUUAAUGACUCUUUUUAAAUCUCUUAUAUUUUCACUUUUAUGUGUUUUUACUGUGCAAUAUUUGAUGGAUUAUCUGUUUUUUAGAAAAAAAAAAGAAAACAUACGAGAGGAAUAAAUGUUGGUAAGUCGAUUUGCCAACAACUGUUUUAUGCAAAAUGUAUUUCAUGUCCCUGUUUUGAGUGUGGGGUAAUGUAACUGAAUGAAUAAUGAAGUUGAAGAGGUCACUCUGACUUCCUCUUGGUACAUUUACUGUGUUGGCUGUGGUUCAAGAGUAUGUAUUUUACAUUUCCACCUUACACCAUGAGUAACACAGGUAACAUAUUAUCACUGUCAAGGGGUUAACCUUUUAUCUUUAAUUUUGGUAAUUUGUUUUGUUAUAACUCCAACAGAAGGAUUACAAGGUCAUCUAUUCACAUCAUUAGCUUAUGAAACCCUGUCAAAAUCAUCUGGAUGAUGUUAACCAAACCAAAAGAAAAAUGUGUUUUGUUUUACCCCUUGAAAGGGUUAGCCUGACAAUCAAAGUGAAUUACGUUAUUUUUUUUAAAUAAUUUGAAUUGCUCAAGAAAUAAAACACGGGCAGUGAGUCAA